AGCGCGGCCGAGGAGGAAGCGGCGCGGCGCGCGGCGCGCGAGGCGGGACCGGGGCCUGCGGAGGCUCGGGCGGCGGAGGCCGGGCCAUGUGGGGGCCGCGGCCCGUGGCGCUGGGGGCCGCCGUGGUGCUGCUGCUGCUGCUGAGCGGCGUGCGGCCGGCGCGCGGCUCCGAGGACAUCGUGGUGGGCUGCGGGGGUUUCGUCAAGUCGGACGUGGAGAUCAACUACUCGCUCAUCGAGAUAAAGUUGUACACCAAGCACGGGACUUUGAAAUACCAGACAGACUGUGCCCCCAACAAUGGGUACUUUAUGAUCCCCUUGUAUGAUAAGGGAGAUUUCAUUUUGAAGAUCGAGCCUCCCUUAGGGUGGAGUUUCGAGCCAACGACCGUGGAGCUGCACGUGGACGGCGUCAGUGACAUCUGCACCAAGGGCGGGGACGUCAACUUCGUGUUCACGGGCUUCUCUGUGAAUGGAAAGGUUCUCAGCAAGGGGCAGCCCCUGGGGCCCGCAGGAGUGCAGGUGUCUCUGAGAAGCACGGGCACCGACGCAAAGAUCCAGUCCACGGUUACGCAGCCUGGCGGCAAGUUUGCAUUCUUUAAAGUUCUUCCUGGAGAUUACGAAAUCCUUGCAACUCAUCCCACCUGGGCCUUGAAAGAGGCGAGCACCACAGUGCGUGUGACCAACUCCAAUGCCAAUGCCGCCAGUCCCCUCGUGGUGGCCGGCUACAACGUGUCGGGCUCCGUCCGCAGUGACGGGGAGCCCAUGAAAGGUGUGAAGUUCCUUCUCUUUUCUUCUUCAGUAGCCAAAGAGGAUGUCCUGGGCUGCAACAUCUCCCCGGUGCCCGGGUUCCAGCCCCAGGACGAGAGUCUGGUGUAUUUGUGCUACGCGGUCUCCAAGGAGGAUGGCUCGUUCUCCUUCUAUUCCUUGCCCAGUGGCGGCUACACUGUGGUUCCCUUCUACAGAGGGGAAAGGAUUACCUUUGACGUUGCUCCUUCCAGACUUGACUUCACAGUGGAACACGACAGCCUGAAAAUUGAGCCCGUGUUCCACGUUAUGGGAUUCUCCGUCACUGGGAGGGUCUUGAAUGGACCCGAAGGAGAAGGUGUUCCGGAGGCGGUGGUCACUCUGAAUAACCAAAUCAAAGUCAGAACAAAAGCGGAUGGCUCCUUCCGUCUGGAGAACAUAACCACCGGGACGUACACCAUCCAUGCUCAGAAGGAGCACCUCUACUUUGAGACUGUGACGAUCAAAAUCGCACCCAACACACCCCAGCUGGCCGACAUCAUUGCAACAGGGUUCAGCGUCUGUGGCCAGAUCGCCAUCCUCCGCUUCCCUGACAGCGCCAAGCAGAUGAGUAAAUACAGAGUCGUCCUGUCGUCGCAAGAGAAGGACAAGGCUCUGGUCACCGUGGAGGCGGAUGCUCAGGGCUCAUUUUGUUUUAAAGCAAAGCCAGGGACCUACAAAGUCCAGGUGGUGGUUCCCGAGGCGGAGACCAGGGCAGGGCUGACGCUGAAGCCCCAGACCUUCCCUCUCGAGGUGACGGACCGGCCUGUGCUCAACGUGGCCUUCGUGCAGUUCUUGGCUUCAGUUUCUGGAAAGGUCUCCUGUUUGGACACCUGCGGCGACCUGCUGGUGACCUUGCAGUCGCUGAGCCGCCAGGGCGAGAAGCGCAGCCUCCAGCUCUCGGGCAAGGUCAACUCGAUGACCUUCACAUUUGACAACGUGCUCCCCGGGAAAUACAAGAUCAGCAUGAUGCACGAAGACUGGUGCUGGAAAAACAAGAGCCUGGAGGUGGAGGUUCUGGAAGACGACGUGUCAGCGGUGGAGUUCAGGCAGACAGGCUACAUGCUGAGAUGCUCCCUGUCUCAUGCCAUCACUCUGGAAUUUUAUCAGGAUGGAAAUGGACCUGAGAACGUGGGGAUUUAUAACCUCUCCAAAGGCGUCAACCGGUUCUGCCUGUCCAAGCCUGGCGUGUACAAGGUGACCCCUCGCUCCUGCCACCGGUUUGAGCAAGCGUUCUAUACCUACGACACGUCUUCACCCAGUAUCUUGACGUUGACAGCCAUUCGCCACCAUGUCCUCGGAACUAUCACCACUGACAAAAUGAUGGAUGUCACCGUGACCAUCAAGUCUUCCAUCGACAGUGAGCCCGCCCUGGUCCUCGGCCCUCUGAAGUCCGUGCAGGAGCUGCGGAGGGAGCAGCAGCUGGCCGAGAUCGAGAGCCGCCGGCAGGAGAGGGAGAAGAGCGGCAAAGAGGAAGCGGGGGCGGAGGGGAUGAAACCCCCCAUCCAAGAGAUGGUGGACGAGUUACAGGGGCCCUUCUCCUACGACUUCUCCUACUGGGCACGGUCUGGAGAGAAGAUCACGGUCACACCCUCGUCCAAGGAGCUGCUCUUUUACCCUCCCUCCAUGGAGGCCACCGUCAGCGGAGAAAGCUGCCCAGGGAAGCUGAUCGAGAUCCACGGGAAAGCAGGCUUGUUUCUAGAAGGCCAGAUCCACCCCGAGCUGGAAGGAGUUGAGAUCGUCAUCAGUGAGAAGGGGGCGAGUUCACCCCUGAUCACAGUAUUUACUGAUGACAAAGGAGCCUACAGUGUGGGGCCCCUGCACAGUGACCUGGAGUACACUGUGUCCUCGCAGAAGGAGGGCUACGUCUUGACCGCAGUGGAAGGAACCGUAGGAGACUUUAAGGCUUACGCCUUGGCGGGCGUGAGCUUUGAGAUAAAAGCUGAAGAUGACCAGCCCCUCCCUGGGGUCCUCUUAUCCCUCAGCGGUGGCGUGUUUCGUUCCAAUCUCUUGACUCAGGACAAUGGCAUCCUGACGUUCUCGAACCUGAGUCCCGGCCAGUAUUACUUCAAACCCAUGAUGAAGGAGUUCCGGUUCGAGCCGUCCUCGCAGAUGAUCGAGGUGGAGGAGGGGCAGAACCUGAGGAUCGCCAUCACCGGGUACCGCACGGCCUACAGUUGCUACGGUACAGUCUCUUCCUUGAACGGAGAACCAGAGCAGGGGGUUGCCGUGGAGGCAGUGGGACAGAGUGACUGCAGCAUUUAUGGGGAAGACACCGUGACGGACGAGGAGGGCAAGUUCAGAUUACGAGGAUUGCUGCCGGGAUGUGUGUACCACGUGCAGCUCAAGGCGGAAGGCAACGACCACAUUGAGCGGGCCCUCCCCCACCACCGUGUGAUUGCGGUCGGGAAUAACGACAUCGAUGACGUGAACAUCAUAGUCUUCCGGCAGAUCAAUCAGUUUGAUCUAAGUGGCAAUGUGAUCACUUCCUCCGAGUAUCUCCCUACGUUGUGGGUAAAGCUUUACAAAAGCGAAAACCUCGACAAUCCAAUUCAGACGGUGUCUCUCGGCCAGUCCGUCUUCUUCCACUUCCCGCCCCUGCUCAGGGAUGGCCAGAAUUACGUGGUGCUGCUGGACUCCACGCUCCCCAGGUCGCAGUACGAGUACGUCUUGCCGCAGGUGUCCUUCACGGCGCUGGGCUACCACAAACACAUCACCUUGGUCUUUAGUCCCACGAAGAAACUCCCGGAGCAGGAUGUCGCCCAGGGUUCCUACAUUGCCCUGCCCCUGACGCUGCUUGUGCUGCUGGCCGGCUACAACCACGAUAAGCUCAUUCCCUUGCUGCUGCAGCUGACAAGCCGACUGCAGGGAGUCCGAGGUCUUGGCCAGACAGCGUCUGACAGCAGCGGCCCAGAGGAUGCCAAGAGGCAGGCCAAGAAACAGAAGACAAGGCGGACGUGAGGAGGAAGGCGGCGGGUGACAUCUCCCUCGGGACCGGCCACAGCCGAGGGGCCGCCAGCUGCCCUCAGCAUCUGACCACCCUCAGCACGUGCCGUUGGCCCCGGCGCGUCUGUCGGUGUGGCUGCCUGUGCCUAUCCCCCCAACCCCAUGCCCGGCCCCUCGGUGCAAUGCGAUGAAUGGACCCUCCUGUCACUCUGCUGAGCACAAUUUAUUUUCUGAGUGGAAGAUAAUUUAUUAUUAUUAUUUUUGUCAAAGAAGUAUUUAAGCUGGGCUGGUGGUGCGAGAAUGUGGUUCUUGAUCUCAGUGUUCACUUGCAAGAAGAAUUCGGUCCCUGUGGGUUUUGGUCCGCUAGUGAGGUGCCUGUCGGCUUUACCCCUUCCCUCCCUUUCCCUCCGCAUCUGAGAUCCCUGCUGGAAACUGCACACCUUGUGUCUCCUCCUAGGGCGGGUAUGUUAGGAGGUAAAAAUCAAUAAAAUCCCCCGUUCAUUUGUGUGUA